GCCGCCGUUUCGCUUACGUUUGCACAUCCUGACAGUGUGCGACUCCCUUUGCAUCUCUCGCAUCUCGCGCAAUCAAUCUGCGUGCUAUUCAUUGUAGCUAGGUAGGUGUAGGUACCUACCAGAACGAUGAUUAUGAUGAGGGGUCUUUUAUUAUCGCAAAACAAUAAGCCACAACUCGGCUCGGUCGGCGAACUGUUCUGUUCGGUCCAGUUCUCAUUCCUUCGCGACAGAUUCGCCCCAAGCUUGGCGGUAAAACGAAGCGCUUAUACGCGCGCGUAUCAGUUCGUCGGCUUUCCUCGUCGCAAUACACACUCGCUCGCAGUCGUCGGAUCGCCGCCGCCCCAAACAAUAAAGAAGUGUCCCUGUGCAGAUUCUCCCCUCGGGCUUAGAGCAGAAGUUGUAGGACAAAUACUUACCUAAUAGCGAAAAAGCCUUGCCCGGGCCUCUCACGCCAUCAGCGUCAGUCAGUCAGUCGGGUGUAUGAGUGCACGAGCGUAUUUGAUUGGCGAAAGAGCAUUAAGCACGGCCGGGUCUCGCAAAUAUCUGCACCAAACAAGAGGGAUCUAAUUUUAGCAUUUUUAGUUCGGUUCACUCUCGGUGACGGCCAUUACGCGCAAUCAGUUCGGUUGGGUUCAAUCAUGGAAACGCUUAGUGCCGAAACGCGGAGUGAAAUCUACGAAAAACUGUGGACCCGGAUGCCGCGGUUGAAUCCGGGACCGAUGGCCAGCUUCAGGAUCGACGAUUUCAUCAGUCUCAUCAAGGGCCUGCCGAUAAUCUACAAUCGGCUGGAUAAGCACAACAAACAGGAGUACAUCGAUACAUGGGACCGGUUGGAAGCCAUACUGAAAACGCCAAAGAAAUUCCUGAUGAUGAAGUGGAAAGGUCUCCGAGACAACUUCCGCGUUGAGCUUAAGAAGGAGUAUUUUUCUCCACCGGACAAUCGCUACGUCUCCAAAUGGGUUCACUACAAAAAGCUGGGAUUCCUUCGAGAUCAAGUUCUGGCCACAUUGGACCAAAAACUCGAAAGCGACAGCCACGACGAACUGAACCAAAUAAUGCAGUUCGUACAAAGCGCCACCCACGACGUUCCACCAUCGACUGCCGAAUCCCGCGCCAACGAGCAUUCCUACGCCAACAGCGACAUCGACCCCCGCGAGUUCAAAAAGGUCAAAGAAGAACGCGAGGAAUCUCGAGACGAUGACGGCUCCGACGAUGGAGAAUUCUACUUCAGCCACUUCCAAGAACCGGAUCACAACCCCCGCAGACAGAACCCCCUGCCGGAAGUCACCAUCACACCGAAACCCAUCCUCUCCCACCCCGCCAUCAAUCUUCAACCGCGCAAACGCCCAUCCGUUAGCUCGCCGGAAUCGCCGGCUCCACCGGCCAAACUCCCAGCCAAGCAACCAUCCACCGGAAUCCCCCACGACGACGACUACCACUUCCUGAUGAGCAUCCAUCCGUACCUGAAGCAGUUACCGCUGCCGGUCAAGCUCAAAGUUCGCUUGCAAAUGCAGCAGGUUCUGUUCAACGAGCUCAUGAAGCAACCGCCGAUCGUCGACGAAGAGGACUAGACUUACCACAACGGCAGUUCUCAGCCAACAGCAUAUGCAUAGAUUUAAAAUAGCCGUUAAGGAUGUGCCAUAUUCGGAUAGGAACCGAAAGCCAUUGAUCGAUGAUCUCUCUCUUUUUUUUUUCUUCUACUUGUACCAAAUGAAUUCGAUUUAAAAUUGGAUUUUAGUUUUAGAUGAGCCGUACGUGAAAAUAUAAAUAGAUCCCAUUCGAAUGGGAAUUAGCAUUGAA